GGGAGAGUUCAGACGUCGGACGGCCGCUGGACGGGUCAGACGUCGGCUGUCGGACGGUUCACGGUCCGCUGUGGUACUGCUCGGACGUCGGUCCGCGUCAUGGCGCUGCUGUUGGUCCUGCUGGUGACGACGGUGGCCGGCCAGGAUCCGGCGCCAGCUCCACAGCCACCCGUGCUGGCACCCGUCGGAGUCAACCUGCCUCAAUACCCCUCCUACAUCGGCGUGGCCGCCGAGAUCAGACGAGCCCUGUACGGCCAGCCGCCCAGUCUGGAGCAGCUCAACAUUCAGCCCCACAACGACUCGACCAUCAGCGUGCGCGGCGAGACCUACGAGCUGGACGAUACGGACAGCGUCACAGUGGACGGCCAGCGACUUCAGGUGCUCGGGGACGCGGUCUCGGUGAACGGCAUGCUGCACUACCCGGCGCCGCCCCCGCCACCGCCGCGCCGCAAACCCGACUGGGAGCCGCUGCCGCCGUACUCUGGCGAGGGCGUGCACUCGGUCGAGCUGGGCGCCAUGCUCGCCGUGGCCGUGCCGGCUGCCGCCACCAUGCUGGGGCUGCUGCUGUGCUGUCUGGCCUGCACCCACCGCAGCUGCUGGUGCUGCGGCCUCUGUGACGGCAGGAUCAGCGCCGCGGAGCUCAGGCGGAUGUUCCACAACGACACCGACAAGGAGCCUCUGACGGCCUGAGGCCGGGAGGAAACGAAGGUGGGGCGUCGGACGGCAGAGGUGGGGCGGAGACAGAACGUCUGGAAGGACCACCAGUGAGGGGUAGGACGACCGCCAGCGACGAGUCGGACGGGUCUGUCAACGUGACUUGACCUCUGGCGAUGAAAUUUUUGAUCUAUUGUAGCUGAAAGCAUGGCAGUUUCGGCUUGUGUUGAAGUGAGGUACGAGUUUCUAGCUACCUACCGUACAUAGCAACAUGUUAUGCAUUUUUCUUUUGUCAAUCUGAGUUGAUAACAGUACGGUAACUAGCAUCAUCAUUGUUGUGCACAGUUCUUGUUCAAGUUCCAAAUUGAAUUCGUGACGUUAAGAACAGCAGCCGCUAUUCCAGCUGUUUGUGAUGUAAAUGCAAGGCCCUCCCAUUAGAACGGCUUUUCAGGUUGAAAGUUUCGUUCACCGUUUACAACCUACAUUGCUACACGACAAUAAUUUUAUUCAAAAUAUAUUUGAGCAUGUUUUGCAUUGGUAUUUUUGUCAUUUCUAAACAUCUGCAGGCCUUAAUGAGUUGCGCACUUGUCGGGCCUAUUACUCACUCCAUUAAACACUAGCCAUUCCACGCCACAUCGGAUGGAAUCACCCAGCCCAAGGGUGAUCCGAGAGGCGGGUAACCGGUGGGUGUGGCACCACUAUGACCCAGCCCAGUGUGCGUUGUGCUACAUCAUCCAGUGGUCUGUUGUGUUACACUAGCCUGCGGUCCACUGUACUAUCCUAGUCCCAGAUCAGCUGUGUUACACUAACUCAUGGUUUACGGGGUUUCAGCACCUGGGCCCGCAGUGUUACACUGUCCCGUAGUCCGCUGUGUGCUCGUUGACCGCUGUGUCGAUUAUAUCGAACCCA